GAAAAUUCCGAGGACCCAGCCCUACUUUCAGUUCCACAGGUUCAGCACCUCCUCUCCUCGGUACCCGCUCUCUUACUCUCGUCUCUCAGCGUCACAGGACCGCAGCCCUCGCCCCCACAAUCCUGGAGUAUUUGCUUCAUUCUCCUCCAACUGGUUGGGGAAGUUGAAGAUAAUUUGCUGUCCAUUGGAAUAAAUGUGUCAUUCAUACCAGCGAUAUCUAUUUGUUCUUUUGAACGUUCUCGUCAUCAUUUUGAAAUGGCCAACUUUCUGCCUGAGUAGUAUAGUUGAUAGUAAAGUUUUAAACGUUGGAGAGGAGCUGUGGAGGGAAACGUUACCGUUACAAAUGGGUUCUCGUCUUUACCACCUUCAAGGACUCAAACCUGAUACGUGGUAUGAAGUGAAGAUAUCAUAUCCAGGCUCUAUUCCUGCUAGCUUUUCAUUAGAGCUAAAGAGAGACUUGAGAAGCCCCGUUGAGAAGCAGAGCAGAAAACUACUUGACACUGAAAAGCUUAUUUUUAGGACAGAAAGCAUAAACUUGCAGGGUGAUCAGGUUGAUAUGCAUAUAUUGGUCACUGUGAAGUCUGAGGGAGUCGUUGCCAUACCAUCCGUCCAGGAAAGGGAGUCAUUCAUCUUUAAUAUAGUUUGUGACGAACUACUUGUAGGCAUCCCGCACAAAGCCUGGGGGGUUGCAAUCUUGGUUAUAAUCUGCUUGAUAUUGUCAUUCAUCAUCCCAUCUCGUCUACCGUCAUGGCUGCUAAAGGCUAACCAAACUCAAGGAUCAGUUAAUCAUCAUUCUUCCAAGAAUUCUUAAAUAAUUGGUUAUCUAAGACCUUCUGCAACAUUUCAGAGGUAACUGGAUGGAGAAGUUAUUGAAGUAGACUGGCAACCGUCUGCUCUGCUUAACAAGCUGCCUUGUCUAACGAGGAUUUCCUUAUAAUGGAUCCCGAGAAAGAAGAUAUGUAAACUUUUGGUUUAGUAUCAAGAUUUUGGUUCUCUUUUGUUUCUUUUGUUAAGAAAACAAAUUAUAUUAAUCAUUCAUUCAGUUUGUGAGUCUAUGUUAGGUUGGGAGAUUAGAUGUUUAGAAGUUGAAUUAGUUUCUCUUACGUAUGUAACUUUUGUAGCAAGAGAUAUUGCAAAGCAGUAUAAAGAUUUGAGCUGAAAAGGAGAAACGAGAAAUCGAUUGUUUUUCUUUAAA